GUCACAUAGUUACGAAGCUUCCACAACACUCUCCUCUCUCUUUUUAUAUUGCCUGUCGCCCUUUUGUUUCCCUUCAAACACAAUUCUAUUUUGUUUGUCGCUGAGAUACCCGUCGACAGCCUCACCAUGGAGGUCGACACUCCCGUCCACUUCAACCCCGGAACGAAGAGCGCUGCCACUAUUUUGUGUGCAGACUGCGGAGCCCCCGUAGAUGGAACAAUUUCAGGGGCUUUCUGCUACGACUGCAUCAAACUAAAGACCGAUGUCACCCAAGGCAUCCAGCGAGAAGCAACCCUCCACAUGUGCCGGGAUUGUGACCGAUGGCUAUCACCACCAACUUCCUGGGUCGUUGCGGCUCCAGAAAGUAGAGAGCUAUUGGCUCUAUGUCUGAAGAAACUCCGAGGAUUGAACAAGCUUAGGAUCAUCGAUGCGAGCUUCAUCUGGACCGAACCUCACUCUCGGAGGAUAAAAGUCAAGAUCACCGUCCAGUCGGAGAUAUCUGAGGGUGCUAUUAUGCAGCAAUCCUUCGAAGUCGAAUAUGUGCAGAAUUACCACCAGUGCCCAGAUUGUGCAAAGAGCUAUACACAUAACACCUGGAGGGCUGUGGUCCAGGUUCGGCAAAAAGUGCCACAUAAGAGGACGUUUUUGUUCCUCGAGCAGCUUAUUCUAAAGCAUGGAGCGCACAAGGAUACCAUCAACAUCAAGGAAGUCCACGACGGGAUUGACUUCUACUUUGCGCAGAGGAACCAUGCUGAGGGCUUUGUGGACUUCUUAAAGGCUGUUGUGCCCGUGAAUGUUAAUAAGAGUCAGGAGUUGAUAAGUAUGGAUAUCCACACAAGCACCAGGUCCUACAAGUUCUCGUACAGUGCAGAGCUUGUGCCUAUCUGCAAAGAUGAUCUCGUAGUCCUUCCCGUCCCCAUGGCCAAAAAGAUCGGCAACAUCGCUCCGAUGACCCUCUGCCACCGCGUCGGUACCUCCAUCAAUCUCAUCGACCCGACCACCCUCCAAACCGCAGACGUAUCAACAAACAUCUAUUGGCGUGCGCCUUUCCGCCCUCUUGCAGAUAUGCAAGACCUCGUCGAAUUCAUAAUCCUGGACAUCGAACCCCUCGGCACUUCAAAAGGCCGGUUUUUCCUCGCCGAAGCAACGGUAGCCCGGGCAUCCGAUAUGGGUACGAACGACCAGACAUACUACACACGGACGCAUUUAGGAGGAAUUCUCCAUGUGGGUGAUUCGGUCAUGGGCUAUCAUCUCACGGGAACGAAUUUCAACAAUCCCCUGUUCGAUGCUUUAGAAGACUCUAAAUACGCGUCCACGAUCCCUGACGUUGUGCUCGUUAAGAAACACUACGCCCGUAAGAAGAAAGGUAAGAGCAGGAACUGGCGUCUCAAGCGCCUGGCAAAGGAGGAAAACGAGAUGCUGCCCCGGAAACAAGAUCAAGAGCGCAUGGAUCGCGACUUUGAAAUGUUUCUGCGUGAUGUGGAAGAGGAUGCGGAUUUGAGAGCUGGGUUGGCGCUGUAUAAGGCGCAGAAAGAGCAACAACAGAUCGAUGUGAUGGACAUUGAGGAGAGUGAGAUUGGGGAUGAUGAGGGGCUGGCAGUGCCGAUGGAGCAGCUGUUGGAUGAUUUGGAAGAUAUGACUAUGGAAGAUGAAGAAUGAACACAGGUGGCAAAGGAGGAGCAGAUUCAUUUCAUCCAUGCAUGCACAGUGGCGUAUAUCAAAAUUUGGUCCGAGCUGUGAUGACAGCGGACUUAUUGUCAUGAUAAUUUCUCUUCCUCCAUCCUACUCGUGUCAUUUUUCAGCAAACACACUUUUCCAUCCCACCAAGACUUUUUACAAGACCCUCUCAACACACCAACCCCUCCCCCUCUUUCCCCUUCCUCAUCCUCACGCCUCCCAAGGUGUAGCCGUGGCAGUAACCCACUGCGUUGCACACCCGCCCUCACAACUACUCUUACAUGUCCUCGUCACCGUCACAGUCGGUGUCGCUGUACACUCCUUAGCCGGCCCCGGAACCGUUGUUGUCAACAACAUAAUGCAAUCUGGAACAAUACAAUUCAACGCAUCCUCAGCCGGGCACUUUUUCGAGGCUGUAACGGUCUUG